CUGCAUCUGGAGUGGCAAAAAUGUUGUGCGAUUCUUCAGAAAGAUUACCAGUAGUGGCACGCGAGCACCGCGACCAGUUGCGAGCGAAGGCGCCCUCAUUGACUUUGACUCCACCUACUACUAGUACUACUAGAUGGCCAACUACUGCCACUGAUUAGCUUCGUUAUACGGCGAGGCGCCAAGGCGAUCGAGCACAGAGCGCAGCUGCUAGCACCUAGUGCCAUGGCGGAGACGGCGAUCACGACGGUGCUUGCGAAGGUGGCGGAGCUGGUGGCGUGGGAGGCGGCGGUGCUGCUCGAGGUCGGCGACGACGUCCGCCUUCUCCGCGACAAGCUCGAGUGGCUCCACACCUUCAUCCGCGACGCCGACCGCAGGCGCCGCCUCCGCGACGACGAGUUCGUCGCCGUCUGGGUGCGCCAGACCCGCGACGUCGCCUUCGAGGCCGAGGACGCGCUCGACGACUUCCUCCACCGCGCAGGCAGGAGGAGGCGCUUGGCCUCUUCCCCGGGCCCGACGGGGCCCGGAUGCGCCGUCGGCUGGUGGCCAGGACCAGGCUGUGCCAGCCAGGUCGCCCUCCGCCACGACCUCUCGGGGCGCAUCCGACGGAUCAGGAAGCGGCUCGACGAGAUCUCCGCCAACCGCGCGGCCUACAACAUCGAGCACACGCCCGCGCCGGCAUGGGCCGCCGCCUCCUCCUCUGCAUCGGCAGGCAAGCUCGCCGCCUGGGAUGAUCUGGAGGAGUACACGGUUGGCUUGGACAAGUACAGCAACGUGCUGAAAGAGCAGCUCCUCGACGAGUCCGUCACCGCGCGCGCGCUCGUGUCCAUCGCCGGCGAGAGCAGCAUCGGCAAGACGACCCUGGCGCGCAAGGUGUACCAGAGCCCCGAGGUCCGCAACCACUUCGAGAUACGCACGUGGACGAUGCUCCCGCACAAGAGCCGCCCGGCCGACGUCCUCCGGGACAUCCACAAGCAGGCCAGCUCCCAGCUGCGGCGCUCUCCGUCCCAGCAGUGUGUGGAAGACGGCUGCUACGCCGUUGGUGGGGCCAAAGCGUGCGGGCCGGGGAAAGACAUCAGCAACCAGCUUUACAAGAGCAUGACAGGGAGGCGGUACCUGGUGGUCGUCGACGGCAGCAUUGCCGUCACCGACUGGAACAGCCUGCGAGCGUCUCUCCCCGACGAGGGCAACGGCAGCAGGGUGGCCCUGAUCACGGACUCCGCGGGUCUGGAGGUGGUCGGGCACGCCGGCCCGACCUACGACCCGAUCGAGCUGACCCGGCUCAGCCCGGAGAACACGUACGAGGUAUUCCGGCGCCGGGUGUUCGGCCGCGGCGACUGCCCGGGGCGGUACAAAUCGAGGUACUACCAGGACGUGUUCCGGAUCACGCGCGGCCUGCCGCUGUCGAUCGUCAUCCUCGCCGGUGUCCUUCGGUCGAAGGAGCUUCCGGCGGAGUGGGACGAGGUGAUGGCGCAGCUGGCUCCGGCGCGGGAGCAGCCCAAGAGCAGCAACAGCCGCCGGAUCAUGUCGUUGGCCUUCGACGACCUGCCGCACCACCUCAAGUCGUGCUUCCUAUACCUGGCGGCGAUGCGGGAGAGCACCCCCGUGGACGCGCAGCGGCUGGUGCGGCUGUGGGUCGCCGAGGGGUUCGUCCGGCCGCGGCGCGGGAGCACCAUGGAGGAGGUCGGGCAGGGGUACCUCAAGGAGCUCAUCUCCCGGUGCAUGGUGCAGCUGGUGCACAAGGACGAGUUCGGCGCCGUGCAGACGGUGGUGGUGCACGACCGGCUGCACGCCUUCGCGCAGGACGAGGCGCAGGAGGCCAGCUUCAUUGAGAGUCACGACAGCACGGACGUGCUCGCGCCGGCCACCGUGCGCCGCCUCGCCGUCCUCACCUCCACCACCGACAGGUACGUCCAUCUCAGCAACGCUCUCCCCAAGCUGCGCUCCAUCGUCUGUGACUUCGUGGAGGGGCGCAACAAGCCCAACACCAGCAUCCAGUGCAGCGACUUGAGCUUCCUCCAUGCUUCCAAGUUCCUCAGAGUCAUUGACAUCCAAGGACUCGAGCUCAAGAAGCUCCCCAACGAUAUCGGCUCCAUGAUCCACAUAAGAUACCUGGGUCUCCAGUGCGGCUACCUGGAGAAGCUCCCGCGCACCAUAGGCAACCUUGUCAACCUGCAGUCGCUCAUCCUGAAAGGCAGCAACGGCGGCCACCGCGUCCUGGAGGUGACCUCCGCAUUCUGGAGGAUCCCCACGCUGCGGCACGUCGUUGCGCCGUUCGCGCUGCCCUGUAGGGCCCUGAGCAACCUGUACAGCCUCCAGACGCUCCACGGCGUACAGCCGCGCGGCUGGGACGGCAGCAAUAACCCGCUGGGGAAGGCCGCCAACCUCCGGUCCCUGGAGCUCAUCGGUCUGACUGCCGCGCACGCCGGCGCGCUCGAGGCCGCGCUGGAGAGCCUCGACCUCCUGGUGCACCUGCAGCUGCAGGGUGACUCGCUGCCAUCGAGCGUGUUCAUCAUCCCGAGCCUCCGCCGGCUGCAGAGCCUGAAGCUGCUAGGCUCCGUGGACGCGCCGGAGGGGCCUGACGGCGCGGAGGACGUCCGCUACAUCCGGCCGAACCUGACACGUCUGUCAAUGUGGAGCACGAUGGUGGGGCAGAAGUUCGUGGACAUGCUGGCCGAGCUGCCGAGCCUGGCCGAGCUGACGCUGAUGUGGGACGCCUACGAUGGCGACCGUCUGGCGUUCGGGGAGUCCGGGUUCCGAAGCCUGCAGGAGCUGAAGCUCGGACUGCCGGAGCUGGAGGAGUGGACGGUGAGCGCGGCCUCCAUGCCGGGGCUCGCGAGGCUGACACUGUACCGGUGCGCCAAGAUGAGGAUGCUCCCGGAGGCGCUCGCCGGGAUGAGGGAACUGGAGGAGGUGGUGCUGUACAGCAUGCCCAACAUGGUGGGCAGGAUCAAAGAGGGCGGAGGCCAGGAUCACCACAAGGUCAAGCACGUCCCCGUCAUCCAGACCAUCUGGUAGCUACCUCAGAGUCACAGCUACUUGAAAUCAUGCGCCUCAACGUACAAUGCCUUGUAUAGAUUUGCGAUAUAUCACAUGGUAACAAGACUGAAACGACAAUGCUAAUGCCAAUGGUUUAACAAUAUGGAUUAACUAGCAAAAUGACCUACGUUAAUAGCGUUGCUAGCUUCGCAGUAAUGUUUUAUCAUGUUAGACUUUGAUUAAUUGUAUUGUACGUUGACUUUUUAUUUAAGUAUUUGAUUUUUAUAAUAAUUGGAUUUUUUUUAAGACUA